AUGAAUAAUACUAAUAUCACUGCUUCUAGUAAUAGCAUUAAGCCAACCAUUUCCUCCAGUACAAAUAGUAAUACCAAUGUAGCAACAAACAGAAUUACUCCUCCUGCACGUCGUAUUCGUCAACAACCACAAAAACCACCUGUUAUGGAAAGGUUACAACCAGGUACAAAACUAACUGUUGGUUCUCAUCUAGUGGAGGUUAUAAAAUAUCUAAGUGAGGGUGGGUUUGCUCAUAUUUAUGUUGUCAAGUUUUUAGAAUUUACCAAUGAAAUGGAAGUUCCUAAUUCUUUGAUGCCUGGCGAUUUGUGUUGUUUAAAAAGAGUUUUUGUUAUGGACCAGAAUGGGCUAAAUGAAUUAAGAAAUGAAGUCGAUGUCAUGAAGAAGUUGAAGGCUUGUCCUAGAAUAGUCCAAUAUUAUGAUUCAAACGCCUCCAGGUUGAAUAAUAAUGGUGCAAGUGGUGAUAUUGCAAAUAGCAAUUUAUCUGAUAUUAACGAUGCACCUGCUGCCAAUAGCAAGAACAGCAAUGUUUAUUAUGAAGUGCUGUUGUUGAUGGAAUUAUGUCCUAACAAAUCACUAUUAGACUACAUGAAUAAUAGAUUGCAGACAAAAUUGACCGAAGUGGAAAUUUUGAAAAUCAUGUAUGAUAUUUCACAAGCUGUAUUGUCUAUGCACUACUGCACUAAUCCUGAGCCUCUAAUCCAUAAAGAUAUCAAGAUAGAGAAUGUCUUGGUCGACAAGAAUAAUGAAUUUAAAUUGUGUGAUUUUGGUUCAACUUCUACCUGCUAUCCAAUUGUUACUACACAUCAAGAAAUUGCUAUUUUAACAAAUAAUAUUUAUAUUCAUACAACGCCCCAGUAUAGGUCUCCCGAGAUGAUUGAUUUAUACAGGUGUUUGCCAAUCAAUGAAAAGUCUGAUAUUUGGGCAUUGGGUGUUUUUCUAUAUAAACUAAUGUUCUACACUACUCCAUUUGAAUUAACUGGACAAUUUGCCAUUUUACAUUCUAAAUAUGAAAUACCACCAAACAAUUAUUCGUCAAGAUUAAAUAAUUUAAUUAUAAUUAUGUUGAGUGAAAACCCAAGUUUGAGGCCAAAUAUUUAUCAAAUAUUAUUGGAGGUGUGUUCUAUUAUGAAUGUUGUUUUGCCAGAAAAUAUUUUUGACAAGUAUAAUUCGGGCCCAUACGAUUUUUCCAAAUACUCUGCAUAUCAAACAAAAUUGCAAACUUAUCAGUAUCAAAUGUAUAUGAUGUAUCAACAGAAAUCUAGCCUAGAAUUGAACAGCAAUGAUUUAUUUUUAAAUUGUUUUGAAAUUGGUCCCAAACAGCCUAUUAAUAUGGGUAGUGGUGGUGGUAGUAGUAGUAGUAGUAAUAAUGGUAACAGUGCUGAGACUAAUAGUGCAGAUGUCCAAAGAGAUUUAUCUACUUCUUCUAAUACUUCAAGUACCAAUACAGUUAAAAGACUGACAUCAUUUGGUCCUAUUGGUACUACUAAUACUUCUACCAAGAAAGAUUUCAAAACGGCUAUUUCUGAAGAACCGGAGGAGCAAUUUCAAAAUAUGGAUACCGGUAUUGCUAAAAGUGUAGAAAAUAAUGUACAUGUAAGCACGGGAACGAAAAGUUGUAGUACAACCGGAAAUAAUAAUGGUGGUAGUAACGGUUUAUACAAGACUGAAACAGGAUCUGCUGCCAAGUCCAUAUCGAGUUCAUAUAAAAGUGAUCUUUCUUCUUCUUCAGAUGGUUUUGGCAAUAAUAUUGUCAACAAUAGUAAUGUUAUAGUCAAUAAUAGUGCAAAACAUAAAUCGAACAAUCCUUUCCCCAAAUAUCAUCAGCAGCAGCAGCAGAGUUAUCAGUUGUCAGAGAAAUCAUUUUAUACUGGAAACACACAAAUGAAUGCAAAUGUAGCUACAGCACCUGUCAGUAUCACCACCUCUAAUAAUGUUAAUAAUACUUCAUCAUCCACCGUAAACACUACCGGUAUUUCUCGUCAUUCUAGCAUUAAAAGACGUUCUUAUGAAGUUUCUAAAUCCCAAAGAAACUCCAGUUUGUACCAGAAUGAUGUGUCAAUUCCAGCUUCAAUUGAUGGUACCAGUAAUAAUGAUAUUGUAGCGGAUGAUGCUGGUGUUCAAGAUCUUAAUAAUUAUAUUGAUUUUAAUAAUGAGGAUAUUCCUACGAUCGUUACCUCGCCUGUUAUAGGUACUUCUAAUAAUACGGUUAUCACACCUGAUACAAGAUCUUCGCAAGUGUUUAAUGGAGUUAUUGAUCCCGCUACUAGUACUACUGCUUCUAGUAAUUUUCACUCACAGCAUAAUAAUAAUAAUAACAAUAAUAAUAAUGUUGCUACUAGGGGGAAUAGUGGUAAUAAAAACGAUGAUAAUGGUAAUGAUAGGGACAAUAAUGGUGAUAAUAAUGUCAGAAUUAGCAUCAGUGAUAACAACCGCCUUAAUGCCUCUGGUAUUAUAAAUGAAACUGGGAGUUUACCCCUUCCAGUUGUACCACCACAUCCAAAGGUAAGCAGUAGAUACGCUUCGAAGAGCGAUGCUACCACUGCAAUUACUGGCAAUGAAACGCAACAAUUAAACAGUGCAUUAAAAAAUAAACUAGCUUUAUCUUUUGAUCAAAUUGACUUAACUGAAAGUCCAAUUGGUAGCCAGGCUAAUAUAAAUAAGGCGAUCAAAUAUGAUUUAAGUACUGAUACACUAGAUUCAAAUUCCAGCAGUCAAUACGAUGGUGAGGAACAAGAUCAAAAGCAAGGUGAAUUUAAAGAGGAGGGAAAUGACCUUGUAGAUUGCGUUGCUACAAAUCAGAAAAGUGGUGAUGUUGAUGAUGAAAGUGUUGAAUACAUUCCAGGCGGAUCCAGGUAUAGAAAUGUGCUUGCCAGUGUUGAUGGUGAUGGAUCAGUAUCUGAAGAAAGUAUACCUAUGAUGAUGUCUAAGAAGAGAGCACCAUUUAGCCCCACAGUUUCCGAGAAUACGGGGUUUACUACUGAAAAUAAUAAUAAUAAUAAUAAUAAUAAUAAUAAUGGUGUCCAACAACAGGUGCAGCUUGAAUUGAAAAGCCCAGUAAUUCCUCAACACCCUCCUAAGAGGGGUUUAGAACUGCGUUAUACCGAAGUUGAUUUUGAUAAGUCAACAGUUGCAUCUCAGCCGUCUGUUGAAGGUAAAGUUCAACGUAAUCCACAUGGUUCGCCAUCACGUAGUAUUUAUACAGAUACAAUUAAUACUACCACAAAUGUUAAUAGUAAUAGCAACAAUAGCAACAUCAAUAGGAAAUUAGGUGAAAAUUAUAUUCAUCCAUCUGCAUCUGGUAAUGGCGGCAGUAAUAAUAGUGUGGAUUUUUCACGAAGAAACAAUGCGCUAAGACAUAGAAAAUCUGAAAUGACAUUAAAUUCGUUGAACAUGGCAUCAAGUAACAGCAAUAAUAAUAAUAAUAAUAAUAAUAAUAACAGUAAUAAUACUAAAAAUAAACAUUCUGCAGUACUUCCACAACGUCACCAUUCCGCCUCACAUACUAAUAACAUUAGUGUUUCUGGUGGCAGUAACAGCAAUAGCAAGGAUUUUGGUGGGCUAUCUUCCCCAAAGGCGUAUAGUUUUAUUGAACAGGAUGAAAGUUUGGAUAAGUUUGGUGAACUACCUAGAAGACGAGUGUCACUAGACGUUAGAAGACAUGGAGCUAGUAAUGUUUCAAGCAGUAAUAGUACUAGUGGCAUAAAUGGAUAUGCAAGUAAUUCUACUAAUAAUAGUUCUUUACGUAAAUCUUUCCAAAGAAAUUCAAGAAGAUCUUUGGAUUUAGAAAAACUAAGAAAAGAACAACAUACUAGUACUGGGAAUGGUAGUGCUAGCAGUAAGAUUAAAGGAAUGUUUGGUUUGUUUAAAAGUUGA